GUCUGCCAGCUCUCACUGAAGACAGCUCUCACUUGCUCCACCAUGCAGGUCUCUGGCAUGCUUCUGUGCCUGCUGCUCACAGCAGCUGCCUUCAGCAUCCACAUACAGGCCCAGCCAGAUGGGAUCAAUUCAUCCACGUGCUGCUAUGUCAAGAAACGAAAGAUCCCCACGAAGAAUCUCGAGAGCUACAAGAAGAUCACCAGUAGUCACUGUCCCUGGGAAGCAGUCAUCUUCAAGACCAAGAAAGGUAUAGAAGUCUGUGCUGAAGCCCAGCAGCAGUGGGUCCAAGAUGCCAUGAAGUACUUGGACCAGAAAACCCAAACUCCAAAGCCUUGAAGAGUCAUGCUUGAACAGAAAUCAACCCAGGAGACAAGAAUGAAAAAAUCUGCGCCCUUGUUUUUUCUGAGGACUGUGCUGAGAUGGACUGAUUGUAUCUCUAAGAGACAGGAGCUGUCUUUAGGAAUGUGAAACUGUCAUGCUUAAGGAAUUAACUCUAAUUAUUAAUAUUUUAUUUAAUUUGCUAUGUACUUGGAUGUGAUUUGAAUGUAAAGCCCUGGACACCCCAUCAUUUAAUGUUGUAUUACCUGCAGAAGCCUUUCCCCCGUUUACUUGGCAUCAGUAUCGUGAAGGGGCUUUGCAAGAAUCAGCACCAAGAUUUUAUAAAAAAAUAUUUAGGAUGAAAUCAUAAUGUUAUGAUACUGUGGAAUUUUUAUAUGUAUAACUAUGGAAUUUCCAUAUAAAAUAUAUUUUUGCAUAAAAUCCUA